AUGGAUAGCUUGGCGAAAAGAUUUCGUGAAGUGCUAGCCCUUGGUUAUAAUCAAUUCAAGUCACGAAAUAAUGGCAUGUCUGUCAAUGAAAAUGCAACGCCUUCCGCUGGUAGUCUCAGCUGGUGGUCUAUACUAGACACAUUGCUAAAGAAGCAAAAGUUGGUUGAUUGA